AACAGUAUACUAUAUGACACUAUCUUUGUUAUUUCAUAGGAGAUUGACAUCUUCUGGUAAUAGACCUCGAGAAGACAGCUGGUUAAAAUCCUUAUUUGUCCGGAAAGUUGAUCCAAGAAAAGAUGCUCACUCUAAUCUCCUAGCCAAAAAGGAAACAAGCAGUCUGUACAAAUUACAGUUUCACAAUGUUAAACCGGAAUGCCUAGAAGCAUACAACAAAAUUUGUCAAGAGGUGUUGCCAAAGAUUCAUGAAGAUAAACAUUACCCCUGUACUUUGGUGGGGACUUGGAACACGUGGUAUGGCGAGCAGGAUCAAGCUGUCCACCUUUGGAGGUAUGAAGGAGGUUAUCCAGCCCUUACAGAAGUCAUGAAUAAACUCAGAGAAAAUCAGGAAUUUUUGGAAUUCCGUAAGGCAAGAAGUGACAUGCUUCUCUCUAGAAAGAAUCAGCUGCUGCUGGAGUUCAGUUUCUGGAAUGAGCCUGUCCCACGGUCAGGACCUAAUAUAUAUGAACUAAGGUCUUACCAACUCCGACCAGGAACCAUGAUUGAAUGGGGCAAUUACUGGGCUCGAGCCAUUCGCUUUCGACAGGAUAAUAAUGAAGCAGUUGGUGGUUUCUUCUCUCAGAUUGGGCAGCUAUAUAUGGUGCAUCACCUUUGGGCUUACAAGGAUCUUCAGACCAGGGAAGAUAUACGGAAUGCUGCAUGGCAUAAACAUGGCUGGGAAGAAUUGGUAUAUUAUACAGUCCCACUUAUUCAGGAAAUGGAAUCCAGAAUCAUGAUCCCACUGAAGACCUCGCCCCUCCAGUAAAGCUGUAGAAUUUAUAUGUGCCUACAUACAUGUACGUGACGAGUAUUUGUCAAAAAUUAAUUUUAAUUGUAUAUCAAGUGAAAAAGAAACACUGAGGUGUAAACUGCUGUAUAUAGCUUCUAAGAGACUCUUUUCUUUAAAAUUUACAUAAUCACAAGAAGGGAAACGAUUGCAGUUUGACCGGUUGUAACAGUACUCUGUUGUCCUCUUUGAAGCAUCCCUAUGUUUGUCCAAGUCUACCUUACAAUACUUAGCCACCACUCCCACCCUCCAGAGGCGUCCAGAUUAAAAUUUGAAUCACUCUAAAUAAGAUUCCAACCAUGGAAAAAUUACCCACUUCUUUAUCAAAAGCAAAUCUGUUUUAUAAUUACAGAUUUGUAGACAAAUUUCUUGUAUCAGGAAGAAAUACAAAUUUUGUCAUGUUUCUCUAGCAGUUUUUCUCUGAGUCUCAAACUUGGAAUAAAUCACGCAUGUGCCCAAUACCUGCAAAUGUUUUAAUUCAUUAUGUUUAAUCAGUAUGAUAAACAGUGUGUCAUUACCAAGCUGGUAGUUAUGGCAAGGUACAUUUAAUCAGUAAUCCAGUCUUCACAGAGUAUAUUCUGGUGUCUCUAUGUGAAAGAGAAAAAAAUGGCUUGAGCCUAUGUAUCAUGUGUGAUUUUGAAAUGAACACCUUGAAUAGCACUAAUUUUUAUUUGUGAUAUUUUUCUAUAAUAAAAUGAGUAGCACUAGGAAAAGAGGUUUUAUUUUGUAAACAAUCAUUUGUGACCUCAGACCUUCUCUGGUUAAUAUUUUAGUAAGCUCACAGCAGAUAUUUCCAAGAUCAUGUAUGAGGCGUGGUGCAUGCUGAGAUUUAAAUGGGCAUAAAACUGCAUACUUUGUCUAGCUCUAUGAUUUAGUUUUUUUAAAUACAGUGUGCCAAUUUUGUGACUGUAAUCUUGUGAAAAUCUUGUUGAGAUGAAAAAUUAUGUCUGCCCCACAAUAAAGAAUUUAUGUGUAAGAUAAGGUGUGAAUAAAUCUCAGUAUCAAAUGCCAAA